AUGGAUCGCCAUAUUACCCUUCUACUGAUCUGCGUGAUUGGAUUGGCGUUACUGGCAAAACCAGCAGCGGCGUUCGGUGCAGGUAAUAUUGCCUCGAUCUCGAGGAUUGAAGGUCAUAACUGGCGUCAUGGCGACAUUGAGGAUUUGCUCAAGACCGUCGCGUUCACUCGAGGCCACAAAUGGACCAGCAUGAUGAUUAAGAGGACUUACUUCGGCAACUGGCUACGUGAUUACUCACAAGCCGUAGACGUCGGUACUCUCAAAGGUGUGCAAGCAGACACUAUUCGAGUCCUGGUCUGGGUCCUGGCGUUCAUGAGUUUUGGCUACGCCACUCAAGAGUUUGAGGUCACAGCAGAGCGUUUGGGCACAUAUCGACCAGAAGAACAUAUUGACAAUCCGAAGGACUAUGCAGAUAAUGUUGAUGCUCGCCAGUUCGACCCACGACUUCGUGGACCAAUUGCUCCCAUCGAGCUUGCAAUCGAUCCGAAUACUGGUAUGAAGAAUUAUAUUGCCAAUGAGUCAGGCAGUUGGGCAACAUCUUCUGGCUACAUUAAGUACAGCUUCGCCAGAAGCAUCCACUUCGGCAGAUUAUAUACGUGUGGACCACAACGUGGACGAGAAGAAGAUCUAUGCGAGGCUCUACGUUGUCUUGGCCAAGGUCUGCACUGCAUGGAGGACUUCGGCGCCCACACCAAUUACACAGAGCUUUGUUUGCGUGAGCUUGGCUUCAACAACGUCUUCCCUCAUGUUGGCAGCCGGACCAUGAUCAAUCUGCGUGGCAAGCAGGUCUUCCCUCUUGUGACCGGCACAUUCGGUGGUGUUGAUUUCUUGCACUCCGUGCUUGGCGAGGCCACGGACCACGUGACGCAGACUGAGGUGAACGAAACCGAAGUAUCACAGCUUGAUGCAGCACUCUCGCAAGCGUCAGCCACACAGUCGCGUGGUGGUGGUGAUGACGGUAUUUCCGGGUUGGCCAGUGCACUUUCUAUGAUCCCAGGGACUGGCGACCUCGUGCAAGAAGCACAAAGACUCCAGGCGGAUUCUCAAGCACAAGCGGCGGCAAACGAGAGGAUGGGAGGGAGUCGCGAUAUGGGUAGUGAUUCAUACCAGCCGUAUGGCAACGAAUACGGUAGUGCUCGAGCCGACGCAUCUGCAUAUAAUCAGCAAGGUGCGACGACAGCGUUCCAAGGACCUCCAGGUUCGCAAGGUGGGCCACCAGGUCCCACCUCCGCAAACAUACCUGGCUUGAAUGUCAACGUCGAUCCGCAGCAGGCAAUUGCCAAGAUCUACCCGCUACUAGCAUUCCGAGACAAGGUCGUCCGAACAAUCUCUGGUUUCGUCGAGAAAAUUCCUGGGUUAGAGAAGGCAAUCGAGACGAUCAGUGAGAAAGUCACUUUAUUCGUUAUGGGUCUGAUGGCUCCGUUCGUCAAGCCCAUCAUCGCUGCUGCAUCAAACGCGCUUAAGACAGGUAGCGGCACCGUCGUCAGCGCCAGUCAGAAGCAACAGUACCUCGUCUGGGACGAUCCAAAUAGCAGCGACCCAACUCACUCUCUGCUUUCCAAAGAUCACUUUAGCAACGUCCUGAACAUGCCAGCUGGCCAAGUAGCCGCGGUCAUUCUGCAGUACGUCGCCCCACGUGUGAUCCACGGCUGGGACCACCCAGAUGUGCCUGUGGAUGAAAUUAUGCAAGACGUCUCCCGCGCCUUCCAUCACCCAGCUAUGCGCGACAACAACUGCGAGAUCCAUCGCCAGAUGUUCAGUGUUGUCGAGAGGUGGGUUCAGCAGCGUCCAGAUAGAGGCCGCGAUCUGGACCACAUUCUCAGCUCGGACAGUGUCAAGCAUGGAAAGAAUCACACCGUCGCAGACUUCCAGAGCAGUAUGCAGCCCCUCGAGCAGCAGCUGCAAGGUAUGGGUAGCUCAAGUCAUAGUCCAACAGCUGGCGGACCAUUCGCGAUGUUCGCACAGAAGCGCAGCAUCGACUCCGAGAUCGCUGGUAGCGGAGGAUAUCAGGGCGGCUAUCAAGGCGGCAACGCACCACAGGACUACGGUCAGGCAUCCUACGGCAACGCGCCACCAGAGCCGGCAGGCUUUUCAGCAGAAGGUGGAAGUGCAUACCCUACUGCUUACCAGCAAGGGUACGAUCGUCCAUUCGAGGAGACCACUCAGCAGUACGGUCAAGGCUACGGAAAUCAAGGCCAAGGUCAUCAAGGUCAGGGUCAGAACUAUGGUGGCAGUGGAUAUGGGCAAAGCUAUGAGCAAGGCGGAGGUGGCUAUGGACGCUACUAG